CCUACUUUUAACGCUAGUAAGUUGUUAGUUCCCGAAGCAGUCGCACGAAUUCGAGUUUUUUUCAACUUAUAUUUUUAAUAGAUAUACCUACAUAGUUCAAAAAAUAAUAACAUGAUACCGAUAAUCGCUGUGGUGCUCCUAAUUAUCUUGACUUUUUGGAUAAAUGUGUUGAGAAUACGAAGAAAAACAACUUUGCCUGGACCGUUCCCACUCCCAUUAGUGGGUAAUGGGCUCAUGUUUUUAGGAGAUGGCGCACAGUUUCUUCAGACUGUCGAUAAAUUGGUUCAGGAUUACGAUAACGCUUUCAGUGUCACUAUUCUGUCCAGAAAUUACAGUGUAUUGGUCGAUCCGAAACUGAUUGAGCCAAUAAUAUCAAACGCAGAAUACAACACGAAAGGAGUAUCGUACUACUACUUAAGACCGUGGCUCGGACAAGGUCUGCUGACUGCUUCAGGAAACCGAUGGCAAACACAUCGCAAGUUCCUGACCCCCGCGUUCCAUUUCAACAUUUUGCAGAAUUUCCUGCCAGUGUUCUGCAAGAACACGAAGAUAUUAACAGAAAAGUUGAAUAAGCUUGCAGAUGGCAACACUUCCUUUGAUUUGUUCCCGAUUAUUGCUUUGGCUGCUUUAGAUAAUGUUACGGAAUCAAUCAUGGGAGUCUGUGUAAAUGCACAAAAAAACAGUAAAUCCGAAUACGUAAAGUCAAUCGAAGAACUAAGCAGCUUAAUAUCAACGAGAAUGCGCAAUCCCAUAGUAGCAGAGGACGCUAUAUUCAACCUGUUACCACACAAGGGGAGGCAGGACAGAGCUCUGAAAGUCCUUCAUGGACAAACCAUGAAAGUAAUCGAAGCUAGACGUGAAGAACUGAAGAAAAUGAACAUCUCUGAAUUAAAACUUCACUCCGAAUUUGGUAUAAAAAACAAGCACGCUUUCCUGGACUUGCUGUUGAUGGCAGAAAUAGACGGGAGUAGAAUUGAUGAUGAGAAAGUAAGAGAGGAAGUGGACACCUUCAUGUUUGAGGGCCAUGACACUACUACAUCUGGAAUUGUAUUCUGCAUGUUUUGCAUUUCAAAACGAAACGACGUGCAAGAAAAACUUCUGAGCGAACAGCGAUCUAUAUUCGGCGAUGAAAUGGACAGAGACCCUACUUACAAUGAACUGGCUCAAAUGAAAUACCUGGAAUGCGUGAUCAGGGAAUCGUUGCGACUGUAUCCUUCCGUCCCUUUCAUCGAGAGAUUAAUUAUUCGCGACACAGAUGUCGCUGGCCUUCACCUGCCGAGCAACACCUCCGUUAUAUUCGACAUAUUCCACAUGCAGCGCCGCAAAGAAGUAUACUCGGACCCGCUAGAAUUCAUCCCGGAGAGGUUCCAGAACGAUUCCAAAGAAUCCAAGAAUGCGUUCAGUUGGCUUCCCUUUAGCGCCGGACCCCGUAAUUGUAUAGGUCAAAAGUUCGCCAUGAUGGAGCUUAAAGUAACGAUGUCUGCUGUCAUCAGAUCCUUCAAGUUGUUACCUAGCAACAAAGAGCCCCUACUAAGUGCAGAUUUGAUCCUGCGGUCGAAGAACGGUGUCCAUGUUAAAAUGAUACGUAGGAGCUGAUAAUUAUACAUAUAUUUUUUUCUUAUUUUGUCACCACUUGCAAUCGGUCUGAAGACCUUAUGCAGGUCUGUAAUCAUAAUUAUAUGAUAAAUAAAUAAAGGAGAUACUUAAUGAGGGACUUUCCAAGUUAAAUUCCUCAAAAAAUAAUAAAGAUGACGCUGUAAAGAUUUUCCUUCGUUGAACCUUCUAAUUUCAUAGAUAACAGACAUGCAUCUUUUAUCUUUGUCUUUGGGUAUAAAUGAUGACAAUUUUUUUAACAUCCCGGCUCAACUACAUUUUCCUCCCUUUAUUAUUCUGACAAAAAUAAACAUAAUUCUAUACAUAAUGCGAUCCAAAUACUAAGCAACAAUUAUUUUUUGAAUAAUUGAGCACCCAAGUAACGAGAAAAUAGGUAAUUAUCACGUUAAAUCUUGACAGCACCAUCUAUAUUAUUUUUGGGGAACGUUAAUGUUAAAUUGCUGAGUGAAUAUUGCAUAGUCCCUUGUCCCUUUUGUACAGUCAUGAGCAAUAUAAUGUAUCCACUUUAGGACUCUGUCGCACUAACAUAUUUGACAUUUAGCGAGACUUACAGUUCAAUUUGUCAAAAAAGUUAAUGUGACAUGGUACCAAAGUGUAUUCAUAUUAAUGCUUGUGACCGUACAUGCCCAUAAAUAGAGUAGGCAGUACUAAUUUUAAUGUACUAUGCUGUUGUGUCUGGUAUUCAUACAGGAUUUCGGUUUGGGAGUAGUUUAGUUUGAAGAUAAGCUAUGUAAAAGUAGGAUGCUAACUUAGUUACCUCUAGCUGCUUUUGUCCUAGAGGUCCUAAAUAAUCUACAAAAUUUUGUUUGUGCAAAGGUACAUUUGUUAAUAAAAUUUUAACCUGAA